AUGUGGAUCGAACCGGAGGAGGUUCUGCUGGCCGGAGCUCUGUGGGUGUCGGAGCGGGCCAACCCGUUCUUCAUCCUGCAGAGGAGGAGGGGGCACGGCCGCGGCGGGGGGCUGUCCGGGCUCCUGGUGGGGACUCUGGAUGUGGUUCUGGACUCCAGCGCCCGGGUGGCGCCCUACAGGAUCCUGCUGCAGACGGCGGAUUCCCAGAUCUACUGGAACAUCGCGUGUGGCUCGUCCAGGAAGGAGAUCACGGAGCACUGGGAUUGGCUGGAGUCCAACCUGCUGCAGACCAUCUCCAUCUUUGACAACGACGAAGACGUCAUCACCUUCGUCAAAGGAAAAAUCUCCGGCAUCAUCGCGGAGGAGAACCGGCUGAAGCAGAGCGAGGAGCAGGAGGAGGACAGCGGGAAGUUUCGGGAGGCGGAGCUGAAGAUGAGGAAGCUCUUUGGGAUGCCUGAGGAGGAGAAGCUGGUGAACUACUACUCCUGCAGCUACUGGAAGGGCCGAGUGCCGCGGCAGGGCUGGCUCUACCUGUCCAUCAACCACCUCUGCUUCUACUCCUUCCUGCUGGGGAAGGAAGUGACGCUGGUGGUGCCGUGGACCGAGGUGACCCGGCUGGAGAAGAACGCCACCCUGGUGUUUCCGGAGAGUGUCCGCGUGAGCACGCGGGACGCCGAGCACUUCUUCUCCAUGUUCCUGAACAUCAACGACACCUUCAAGCUGAUGGAGCAGCUCGCCAACAUCGCCAUGCGGCAGCUGCUCGACAACGAGGCCUUCGCCGCCGACCGCUCGCUGCCCAAAGCCUGCAAGACGCUGAAGAACGUCUCUGCCCUGAAGAGGGACUUUGACGCGCGAGCUAAGAACGAGUGGUACCGGUCCAUGUUCCGGCUGACGCAGGACGAGCGGCUGGACGGACACACCGACUGCACGCUGUGGACGCCGUUCGCCAAGAUGCACGUGGUGGGCCAGCUGUUCAUCUCCAACAACUACAUCUGCUUCAGCAGCAGAGAGGAGGACCUGUGUCAGCUCAUCAUCCCGCUCCGAGAGGUGACCAUUGUGGAGAAGGCGGACAGCAGCAGCGUCCUGCCGUGUCCCGUCUCCAUCAGCACCAAGAACAAGAUGAACUUCCUGUUCGCCAACCUCAAAGACAGAGACUUCCUGGUUCAGCGAAUCUCUGACUUCCUGCAGCGGACGCCCGACAGCUGCUGGGGCGAAACCAACCCGCUGUCUCUGCUCGCGUCCUCGGUAUGUCCGGUCCAUAAGAGGAGGAGCUCUUACCGCCUCCGUCGUCUGACUCUGGUGUCUCUGUGUCCCCAGGGCUCCUCCGGUGUGUCCCCGUCCUCAUCCACAGGACCCGACUCCGCCCACAAGGGGCGCCACUACCACCCCGGCCUGCCCACCGCCAAGCAGAGUCUGCUGCAGCUGUACCAUCGGGACGGCCCGGAGGACCUCGGACCCAAAGCCAUGAAGGAGAGGAUGAAGGAGGAGGCGUGGAACAUCCACUUUUCAGAGUUCGGUAGAGGAGUGUGCAUGUACAGAACCUCCAGAACCAGAGAGCUCGUCCUCAACGGGAUCCCAGAAUGCCUGAGGGGGGAGCUGUGGCUGCUGUUCUCAGGAGCGCAGAACGAGCUGGCCUCCCACCCUGGUUACUACGGCGACCUGGUGGAGCAGGCCAUGGGGCUGUGCUCAUUGGCUACCGAGGAGAUCGAACGCGACCUCCACCGCUCCAUGCCCGAGCACCGGGCCUUCCAGAACGAGAUGGGCAUCGCCGCGCUGCGCCGGGUUCUCACCGCCUACGCUCACCGGAACCCAAACAUCGGCUACUGCCAGGCCAUGAACAUCGUCACCUCCGUCCUGCUGCUCUACGGUACCGAGGAGGAGGCCUUCUGGCUGCUGGUGGCGUUGUGCGAGCGCAUGCUGCCCGACUACUACAACACCCGGGUCGUAGGAGCUCUGGUGGACCAGGGCGUGUUUGAGGACCUGACCCGGGCCUUCCUGCCCCAGCUCUACGAACACAUGCAGGACCUGGGGGUGAUCACCACCAUCAGCCUGUCCUGGUUCCUCACCCUCUUCCUGUCCGUCAUGCCGUUCGACAGCGCCGUCCUCCUGGUCGACUGCUUCUUCUACGAGGGCAUCAAAGUCAUCUUCCAGGUGGCGCUGGCGGUCCUUCACGACAACAUGGACGCUCUGCUGGCCUGCAGUGACGAGGGGGAGGCCAUGACCAUCCUGGGCAGGUACCUGGAUAAUGUUGUGAACAGGCAGACUGUGGCUCCGCCCACCCCCCACCUGCACGCCAUGCUGACAAGCGGCGACGACCCUCCGCCCGAGAUCGACGUCUUUGACCUCAUCAAGGCAUCCUAUGAGAGGUUUGGCAGCCUGCGCUCUGAUGUCAUUGAGCAGAUGAGGUUUAAGCAGAGGUUGAAGGUCAUCCAGUCUUUGGAGGACACGGCCAAGAGGAGUGUGGUGAGGGCGAUGAUGACGGAGUCAGCGUUCAGCAUCGAGGAGCUGGAGGAGCUGUACUGUCUCUUUAAGUCCAAACACAUGACCAGCUGCUACUGGGGCUCCAGCAGUUCUGCAGCAGAGCGCCAUGACCCCAGCCUGCCCUACCUGGAGCAGUACCGCAUCGACCCGGUUCAGUUCUCGCAGCUCUUCUCGGCCCUCUCUCCCUGGGUCUGUGGCAGCCACACCCCUACGCUGUCGGCCCGCCUCUUCAGGUUGCUGGACCAGAACCAGGACGGGCUGGUCAACUUCAAGGAGUUCAGCACCGGACUCAGCGGGAUGUACCAUGGAGACAUGACUGAGAAGCUGAAACUGCUCUACAAGCUCCACCUCCCCCCAGCUCUGAGUGCUGAGGAAGCGGAGUCUGCUUUGGAGGCCACACACUUCUUCACUGAGGACGAACCACAAGAAUCUUCCUUCCUGUCUGAUCUGGACUCUGUACGGCAGCAGGAAGUGACAUCAGGUGAGAACCCAAAGGAUGGAGGAGAAGACGGUGAGGAGAAAAAAGAGGUCAAGGACUACAGGUACUACCUGAGGAUGUGGGCUAAAGAGAACGAGCCCAAGAGAGAAACCAUCAAAGACUUGCCUCGGAUAAACCAGGAACAAUUCAUCGAGCUGUGUAAGACCCUGUACAACAUGUUCAGCGAGGAGCCGUCUGAGCAGGAGCUCUACCACGCCAUCGCCACCGUCGCCAGCCUGCUGCUGCGCAUAGGAGAGGUCGGCAAGAAGUUUGGAAACGGCGCCAAAAAGUCCGAGCCUCAGGCCCCGCCUCCCGCCCAGCGGGGGGAGGAGGGGCCCGGCGAGGGAACGUCCGCCGAGGCCCAGAUGUGCCGCGCUCUGGCCGACGCCCAGCUGGAGCCGCCGGCGCCGCAGACGUCCGACGAGGAGGCGAAAGACGACACCUCCGUGUCGUCGUACUCGGUGGUGAGCUCCGGCUCGCUGCAGUGCGAGGACAUCGCCGAUGACACCGUGCUGGUCAGCGGCGAGCACAGGCGGGGCAGCACGCUGGAUGCUGAUUGGUCAAUCACGUUCGAGCAAGUGCUAGCUUCUCUGUUGACAGAACCGGCGCUUGUCGAGUAUUUUGAGAGGAAGGUGGACAUCCAGGUCAAAAUUGCUGCCUGUAAGGCUCAGAGGGCUGUGGAGCGCCAGAUAAGCUCCGCCUCUGACCACGAACUCGGCCAGCAUUCCUCCUGACUUACCUGAACACCUGUGACUGACUUGAGCAUCUAAUCACCUGCCUACCUUUCUGAUCACCUCACCUCUCAGUCACCUGAGUCCCUGAAUGGUCACCUGACCUGAAUGGUCACCUGACCUCCUGACUGGUCACCUGACCUCCUGACUGGUCACCUGACCUCCUGAUUGGUCACCUGACCUUCUGAAUGGUCACCUGACCUCCUGAUUGGUCACAAGACCUUCUGAUUGGUCACCUGAUUCCCUGGAUGGUCACCUGAAGCCCUGACUGGUCACCUGACCUUCUGACUGAUCACCUGACCUCCUUAUUGGUCACAAGACCUUCUGAUUGGUCACCUGAUUCCCUGGAUGGUCACCUGAAGCCCUGACUGGUCACCUGACCUUCUGACUGAUCACCUGAGUCCGUGAAUGGUCACCUGACCUUCUGAUUGGUCACCUGAGUCCAUGAAUGGUCACCUGAACCCCUGACUGGUCACCUGACCUCCUGACUGAUCACCUGAGUCCCUGAAUGGUCACCUGACCUUCUGACUGAUCACCUGAGUCCAUGAAUGGUCACCUGAAGCCCUGACUGGUCACCUGACCUUCUGAUUGGUCAGCUGACCUUCUGACUGAUCACCUGAGUCCCUGACUGAUCACCUGAGUCCCUGACUGGUCACCUGAAGCCCUGACUGGUCACCUGACCUUCUGAUUGGUCACCUGACCUUCUGACUGAUCACCUGAGUCCAUGAAUGGUCACCUGAGUCCCUGAAUGGUCAGCUGACCUUCUGAUUGGUCACCUGACCUUCUGACUGAUCACCUGAGUCCCUGAAUGGUCACCUGACCUCCUGAUUGGUCACCUGACCUCUUGAUUGGUCACCUGACCUCCUGAUUGGUCACCUGACCUCUUGAUUGGUCACCUGACCUCCUGAUUGGUCACCUGACCUCCUGAUUGGUCACCUUAUCUGCAUUUCCUGUCUCCAUUUGACUCCAACUGACUGUCAGCUGAUUGGAACAUCGCUGAUGAUGUCACAAUGACAUUGGCUGCUUGAUCUUUUCCCAUGAAGUCACUGACUGCUCCAUGACAUCAUGAUCAUGUGACUUCCUGCGGUGUUCCAUAGUAAAAGCUUUUUUUGGCAGUGGAUUGUGGGGCUUUUAUUGUGAGAGUGAAGCAGAAGGAGUUAAUGGCUGAUCUCUGGUUCUUCAAUCUGCUGCAGGACCAAAACAAACAGGUGAACAGGUAAACACACCCCCUGUGUGUCACAUGACCUUGUAGUGAAGACAUUAGAGCGGUGACAUCACAGGAAGUCAGAUUUACAUCCUUCUUUCCAUGGAUUUUAACAAAAUGACGACUGAAAGAACGCAAAUGAGUUCAGUGUUUAUUCAACCUUUUAUUUUGUAGCUUUGUUUUGUUGUUGUGUACUUCCUGUUCGCAGUGACUUCACAGUAUUUUUAUCUGUUUAUUCGCCUGCUUUUAAACCUGUUGUAUUGGUCAGUGAUUGAUCUGUUCUAAUAAACCCAGAGGAAACCUCCUC